UCCUCUAUUUAGUGUGUGUGUUUCUCAUCAGAAUUCAACCAUUUUGUAAAAACAAGGACAUAUCUACAAACAGUGUUGGGGGGACUAUGGCUAACAUUCUUCUUCUUGUGGGAAGUAUAUGCUUCCUGCUUGCAAUACAAACAGCUACAACCAGCAACACCACAACCAGUUCUCCUGAUUCUUCAAAUUCUGUUACCACUGACACAACAGAAGCUACAACCAGCAGCACCAUAUCCAGUUCCCCUGAAUCUUCAGAUUCUGUUAUCACUGUCACAACAGAAGCUACAACCGGCAGCACCAUAUCCAGUUCCCCUGAUUCUUCAAAUUCUGUUACCACUGACACAACAGAAGCUACAACCGGCAGCACCAUAUCCAGUUCCCCUGAUUCUUCAAAUUCUGUUACCACUGACACAACAGAAGCUACAACCAGCAGCACCAUAUCCACUACAACCGGCAGCACCAUAUCCAGUUCCUCUGAUUCUUCAAAUUCUGUUACCACUGACACAACAGAAGCUACAACCGGCAGCACCAUAUCCAGUUCCCCUGAUUCUUCAAAUUCUGUUACCACUGACACAACAGAAGCUACAACCGGCAGCACCAUAUCCAGUUCCCCUGAUUCUUCAAAUUCUGUUACCACUGACACAACAGAAGCUCCACAUCAAUGUACAACAGAUUCUUGUAAAUCCCAUCUGGCAUACUGUGUGCAACUCAAUGAUAACUACACCUGUCAGUGUGUAUUUGGAUAUUAUUAUGAUGUCGACAAAUGCUUACAAGGAAAAUCUUUCUCUGGAACUAUAAUACAUCAAUUUGAUAUAUCUGAAGAUGACAUCUCAAGUACAAAUUCAGAAGGUUAUACAGAAAUCUACCGCAACGUUACAUCAGCGAUCAGUUCAGGUUUCGGUGAUGAAUAUGGAUACAAAGAGACAAUUGUGUUGAAAAUCAGAGUUAAUGAAAAAAUAAAGAUGUUCAGUGUUCGAGGGGGCAUUGAUGUGUCUGUCGACAUUGUAAAUAUAUUUUCAGUGGAGUCUAGUAUAAAUAAAUCGGAAGUUGAAAAAAAUGUAAAACAAUACUUGAACACAAUUGGAAUACCGGGAUAUACACCUAAGAAAAACUGUGAUUAUUUUAAUUGUAAUGAUACAACAUCCACAUGCAAGGAAGGAGACGUUACACCAACAUGUGAAUGCAAAGAUGGAUAUUAUAAAGUAGAUGUACUCGACAAAUCAUGCAUGCCUAAGGAUUCAACAACAACAACAACAACAACAACAACAGAUUUUAAAAUGAUCACUAUUAUAGUGGGUUGUGUGUCCGCAGUUAUUAUACUUGGUUUGACUGGAGGUCUCAUAGCUGUGGCAAUAAGGCGUAAAGACAUUGAGGAUAAUGAGGACGAUGAUAAUGAUCGAAUCCUUGUUGCAAAAAAACAAAGCGGGACAUUUGGUCUGCAGAAUCCAGCCAUGACUAACAGCCAUGUUACCAGCCCCUUUACCUUCCCAAAGGUGCAAGCAGGUAGUGACUGGAAUCAGAACAGCCAGGUGAAGAGGAAUGGGCUGAAUCCAGGCCCCCCUUCUUACCCACAACGGGGUAAUGUUUACAAUGAUGAUGAUGAGGAGAAUGAUGAUGUUCACAUAAGCAAUAAUAAGGGAAGGAUUGGAAACCGUGGCCAGACAAAUCCAUAUAACAAUCCAUACUCACCUGGGCCAAUGAAACCAACCCAGCUACCCAGAACCAACGGGAUGAAAUAUGGAUCUCCUUAUGGUGAUGAUGAUGAUGAUGAAGAUGAUGGUUAUCAUGAUAUUAGAGGUUCAUCUGGCGUGCAAAUGAAGCCGUAUAACAACAGCGCUCCAAGGGCAACACUGGACUACAGCUACCCUGGAAGUAGGAAAUACUAAACACCAGCCCAUCAGAACCUCAAUGUGCCUGCACAAAAUGCAGCCAUGCUAAUGCUUUAGGAAUACAGCUCUGUGUCUUAUUGUAUCAUAGGAUAUGACCAGUGCAACAGUGUGCAGUGUUAUUUUAUCAGUAAAGAUUAUUUUACACUAUUUUACCAUGAACAGAUAGUUGAGCAGGAUCACAUUUAUCUACUUGCUUUAUCAAGUUUACAGUGGAAUUGAUUAAUGGGAAUGGUAAAGUGUUAAAAUGCAAAAUGAAUGUGCAGAUGUAAUCUGAUUAACUUUUAGCUUGGAAAAUAACUGGUUGAAAAUUCUGAAUAACAUUUAUCAAGCAAUCAUGCAAAAUACAAUUUUAACUGUUUGGCAUUGUGUAAAAAUAGAUGGGCCAAUGCAAAAUCUUUAGAAUUAUUCAUUUUGUUGAAGUGUUUAGAACAAAUCAAAUGACUUGCCUGUUGUAAGUGUUCAUAUACUUGCAGUAUUUAAAAUAAUAAACACUUGCAACCA